AGCACAUUUACUCCCAGAUAAAACACGCCACAUUAGCGUGUUAUUGCUCAUUCUUUUGUGCAAAAUGAGUGAAAAACAAAUGCGUGAGUGGCUGCAGCUGGCCUUGAAAAAUGAAAAUUUCCUCGACUUCACCACACAAAUCCACGGCACGGCGGGAAAAGCCGAUGGUUAUUUAGGAAAAGUCAUUUUCCUGACCGUAACCGGGAAAACCAAAACCGGAGCUAAAACCCUAGACUUGGUAAUAAAAACUUCGUCUCAAAGUGCACAACUGCGUAAGCAGAUCACAAUCAAGCUAUUUUUCCAACGAGAAAUUCACGUUUACGAGAGAGUUGUGCCAACUUUUGCCCAAUUCGCGAAAGAUUCAGGGGCGGAUUUGCCGGAUUUUGUGCCCAAAUGUUUGGCUACGAAGGAAGAGGAACAAGUGGAAAUGAUCGUUUUGGAGAAUUUGAAACCCAAAGGUUACGUGCUUUGGGACCGGAAGGUGCCAAUGGAUUGUGACCAUGUCGAGUUGGUUUUGGGCAGUUUUGCCAAAUGGCACGCUUUUUCGCUGGCUUUGAGGCACAAACGUUGCGAUAAUUUUGCAAAACUAGUGGAGAAUAACGUAAAUGUGUUCCCUUACCAUAUUUUGAGAAAUGGAAUGGACGAGACAAUUUACAAUUAUUUGCAAGAAAUUAAAAAAUCACACUUUGGACCAAACUGUGCCGAAAUCAAAGACUUUGAGUUAACCCGUGACAAAAUUAGACACAUCCUUGGCAAUUUUUUCGAACAAGAGCCCGAUUUUCACGUCAUUUUGCACGGCGAUUGCUGGACUAACAAUUUUUUAUUCAAACUUGAAGAAAACACAAACAAACCGAGUCACUGUUGCAUCAUUGACUGGCAAUGUGCGGCUUUGGCUUCGCCUGUGAUGGAUUUAUCGUUCUUUGUCUACACUUGUGUGGACACUGGCAUUCACAAAGAUGUGAAAAAAUUGUUGCGAAUUUAUUACGACAUUUUGGGCCAGACUUUGCGGCAAUUUCGCUGCGAUCCGGGCGAGAUUUUCCCGUUUGAAAAACUGGAACAGCACUGGAAGCAGUUUUCGGUUUAUGGUCUUCUUUUGGCGACUUUUAUUUUGAAGUUUUCGCUGUGCGACGCUGAGGAAGCGCCCGAUUUUGGGGAAAUUGCAGAACAAGGAAAAAGUUUUCUGGAAGGUCUUGAUUUUAAAAUCAGGAAUGAGGAAAGUUACGUCACGAGGGUGAAGCAUAACAUUUUGCAUUGUUUACGAAAUUCGAAUUAAUUUUAGCUGUUCUAACGAUCCGAAAAAGCUCCAUAACUUGUUUAUUAUUAAAGAUAUUGAUUUUUUUUUCUAGGUUAUAGCUGCAUGUUUCUAAAAUAUUGCGGUGUAUAUACAGAGUGUAAAGUUUGAAGUUAUGUUUCAUCUUUACGUUCAUCUCUUUUUCUUCCAAAACAAAAUGUAUUUUCCCUUUAUUAGUGCUCUUAUACGUUUACAAUUUGGCGCCUUUACGUACUUUUACUUUUUGCCGCAUUAUUUUCUUAUUUCUGUCAGUUUUAUGCUCCGCUUUACGUUUAUACGUCUAUGUGUUCUCUCAAUCUCUUAUUUUUGCUUACGUGUUGUUUCACUUACCUUUUCUAUACUUUUUUUCAUAGAAAAAUUUUCACCUUGAUCCGGGUUCGAACACCCGACCUCCCUGGUCGUAAGUGGCGCUUAUACCACUGGGCCACCAGGGCCCCAAGUACUGACCGUCUUUUGCAGAUAUUUCAACACAAACUUUUUAAAUAAAUCCACAUUACAAACUAUAUAAUUGCAAUAAUUCACCUAAAACGCAAAUACAUUCAGUUCAAAAGUCGGCGAAUUAGCUCGAGAAAACAUUUUCUUCCACUUUUUUCAAUUUAAUUCCCUAAUUUUUCACCAGAUUUCAUCAAAAGAUACCGGGCGUACAAGUUGAUACUACAGUUUUAAAAUUGUUUUUACCUUUUUUGUGACUUUCAGCACGUUUUUGACCGAAAAUAGACAUAAUUUCUCCUAAAAACACCAAAUGUGUGUAUUUUCUAGUCAAAAUUAGUGGACGUGCGCAAAUCCUACUGGAUUCGCAGUGACUAUGAUUUUUAUUAAUAAUGUUUUUCGGGACUUUACUAAAAAAACUCAGUUAACUAAAAAUUUUUAGAGAUAAAUUAAAUAUUUUCGUUUAUUUUUUUUUAAUUUAAGAAGUGAGUCAUCUAAAGAUUCAACGCUAAAGUUUGAAGUUAUGUUUCACCUUUACGUUCAUCUCUUUUUCUCUCAAAACAAAAGGUAUUUUUCCUUUAUUAGUAUGUGCUCUUACGUUUACAAUUUGGCGCCUUUACGUACUCUUACCUUUUGCCGCAUUAUUUUCUUAUUUCUGUCAGUUUUAUGCGCCGCUUUACGUUUAUUCGUCUAUGUGUUCUCUCAAUCUCUUAUAUUUGCUUACGUGUUGUUUCACUUACCUUUUCUACACUUUUUUUCAUAGAAAAAUUUUUACCCUGAUCCGGGUGCGAACACCCGACCUCCCUGGUCGUAAGUGGCGCUUAUACCACUAGGCCACCAGGGCCCCAAGUACUGACCGGCUUUUGCAAAUAUUUUAACACAGACUUUUUAAAUAAAUCCACAUUACAAACUAUAUAAUUGCAAUAAUUCACUUAAAACGCAAUUAGUUCAAAAGUCGACAAAUUACCUCAAGAAAACUUUUUCUUCCACUUUUUUUCAAUUUAAUUCUCUAAUUUUUCACCAAAUCUCAUCAAAAGAUACCGGGCGUAUAAGUUGAUUCUACAAUUUUAAAAUUGUUUUUAUCUUUUCCGUGACUUUCAGCACGUUUUUGACCUAAAAUGGACAUAAUUUCUUCAAAAAUCACCAAAUUUAUGUAUUUUCUAGUCAAAAAUAGUGGACGUACGCAAAUUUUACUGGAUUCGCAGUGGCCAUGAUUUUUAUUAACAAUGUUUUUCAGGACUUUACUAAACAAACUCAGUUAACUAAAAUUUUUUAGAGAUAAAUUAAAUAUUUUUCUUUAUUUUUUUAUAAUUUAAGAAGUAAGUCAUCUAAGGAUUCAACGCUAAAGUUUGAAGUUAUGUUUCAUCUUUACGUUCAUCUCUUUUUCUCUCAAAACAAAAAUAUUUUCCCUUUAUUAGUAUGUGCUCUUACGUUUACAAUUUGGCGCCUUUACGUACUUUUACCUUUUUCCGCAUUAUUUUCUUAUUUCUGUCAGUUUUCUGCUCCGCUUUACGUUUAUACGUCUAUGUGUUCUCUAAAUCUUUCAUUUUUGUUUUCUUGUUGUUUCACUUACCUUUUCUACUUUUUUUUCAUAGAAAAAUUUUUACCCUGAUCCGGGUUCGAACCCGCGACCUCCCCCGUUGUAAGUGGCGCUUAUACCACUAGGCCACCAGGCCCCAGGUAGUGACCGUCUUUUGCAGAUAUUUUAACACAAAUAAAAAUACGAUUACUAUGUUUAAUUAAUUGAAAUCAAAUAUUUUACUCUCCACAUAAUCUAUGUAAUGUUGGUUGCUCCAAAAUUUUUUUAGGCUCAUUAUUACUCGUGGGCCACCUUGUAUACUGCAAUAUUUUAUAAACAUGAAGCAAGAAUCUAAAAUAGCCCGUAUUUUGAGUGUUUAUUUAAACACUUGUAUUAUCUAUUUGUGCUUAUCUCCGACACAUAAAUCACAUUUGGUACAGAAAACUCGAUUUGUUGUUCUCAGUUUUUAUUAAUCGCUUAAAUCAAAUUAUUUUUAACAACGUAUUCAAUAAUCGCUCUCAUUCGCCUCUUGAAAUUAUCCUUGUCUCGAAUCUCGUUAAGGAAAGAUUCCGUGAUACUUUUCCCCUUUUCUGCAGCUUCGGCUAUAUCCAUAACUUCGUCCUUAUCAGUCGAAACAAUUUUCAUCAAAAUAGUGCUCAUCAAAACUCCAAAUUUACAAAAUCUGGUCCAAUCUUUGAGAAACUCAUUUUUCGAAUACAACAACUCUGGCUCACUAAUCCCUAAACUUUUCAAAUGCCCGGUAAAAGAGUCAAAAUAAGUGGCCAAAAUAUCGUCCAAAUUUCCCAAAUCCCUCUCCGAGAGGCAAGAAAAAAGGAAAUAGGAUAGAUCGAAGACUGGCGAUGUGUAUCUUGCGAUUUGCCAAUCGAUGAUUGCGACUUUUAACGGGCGAUUUUGGUCGCCGUCCUUUAAUUAAAAC